GUCGACCACCAGGUUCAAGACCAUCGUCUGCCAUUGUCAUGGUCGCAUAUUUCGCUCUAUACACUAAUUUCAUGGUCGUUCUGGCCCUGGCGUGCUCAGUCCAGACCCUUUCCAUCUCUAAACGCGAUCCUUUACCUACCAAGUACAUAGCAGCACAUCCGCUGGGUGUAUCGUAUCUCUUCCAUAGUCGUGAUGGAUGGACCACCUACAACGCUUCCAACUCCCCUUCGAGGUCUGACAGUGAUGAAGAAAUGGACAGUGGGCUAGUAAAGAGGUCCGGGAAGGCGGACAAGAAGCUAAAGUGGAACAAGAAACCCAAGGGGAGCAAAAAGCUCAAGGUAAAGACCGGACAAGCACGAAUUUUUGAAGGCCUUUUCACCUAGCAUCGUAAGGCCAUCAUCACCUGGAAAAGCCCCCAGUUUUUCACAGCGUGACUCUGACUCAAUAUGUUGACGGACAGGUAUACUGGUGAAGACCUUUUGAACCCUAGUUGUUGGCCUCAGUCAGUAUGGACAUCAACAGACCAACCUUUGUCAGCGGUAUUACAGAAAUAGGAUGGGAAGGCCGCCCAAAGUGUUUUGACUUCAUUGAACUCUGCAAUGGUCCCAAUAAGUGCAUCUUUUGUCGAGUCGUGGUUAUCUGUGCUAUGGGGACCCAAGUAAAUUUACACACCUUUUCUCUUGCCUUUUUCUGCUCAACACGCCGCAGUUUGUACAC